AUGGCACCGAGAUGGCCGCAGGUAAACAAUGGUCCCGAAAACAUCAACGAGCAUGCCACAUACCUUAGAGAAGCAAGUCACCAAUUGCAGGCCGCGGAUAAGGGCAGGGCCAAUCAAAUACCCUGGAAUGUAGUUCAACCGUACAUUGCAUCCACCGUGGCGCUCAUCAGUAAGGUGCUUCAGCAGCCGUCGAUGAGCGCCGUUCUCCAGCAGAUUCAAGACGCGGCUAAGGGGAUUGAGGUCAUUCGAAGAGACAUCACCGUCGUUAAAGGCUCCGUAGGACUCGGCACCACACCAUUGAACAUUGCGAACUUCACCGGCGGCAAGACUGCUACGCCAUCAUGGGCGCAGGUUGCGGCACAGGCCAAAGGCGCCAUGUUGCCGCUACCGCCACCACCAAUCCAACAAAGCCCACACGCCUACAAGACCUCGGCCCCAGUCACCGCAUACAGAGAUCGGGUUGUCACGGUCAGGCUGAAGGACCAGGGUUUUGUUCAACGGUACCGAAGCCAUCUAGUUGCUUGGACACGACAACAAGUACAAGCCUCAAUACGGCAGAACACCCCCUCCAACUCGGUUAAGGUGGUAGCGGCGUACCAGCUCAAAAGCGGAGAUAUCCAGAUAUUCACCAGCACGACCACGGAAGCCAAACAACUCAAAGAGCACAAAGGCUGGCUGAAAGGUCUGGGGGAGCAAGCUGAACUCAUCGUGCCGACCUACGGUGUCAUUGUCCACGGCAUCCCGACCAAUUCGAUCAACAUCAAAGAUCAGAAAGCCACCAUCCAACACAUGCUGGCAGACAACUACACAGUGAUCCCUUGCGCCGAGAUCAGCUACUUGGGGUGGCUGACCAAGGAAGCCAGCCUCAAACGGGCGUCCUCGAUCGUCGUCGAAUUCACCGACCCAGAAAUGGCCAACGCCAUCAUUUACGCUGGCAUGGCAUGGGAUGGCCACAUCCACCAAUGCCAACUCUACGACCGCGCCUGCAGGGUGAAACAGUGCUUCCGUUGCUACCAUUAUGGUCAUAUCGGCACUCAAUGUAACGCAUCCCAGACAUGCGGCUAUUGUGCGGAGCUACACGAGUCCAGACACUGUAAACAGAAGGGAUUGGAAGGGUUUGUCCCGCGCUGUACGGUGUGCAAAGGUGCCCACACCGCAUGGAGCAAUGCCUGCCCAGCCAGAAAGAAGGAAUUAGAGAGAGUGGAACAAGCCAAGCAGAUCCGGAGUAUCUAUUGGCAUGUCCCUGCCAAAGCGAACACCACGCGACCGAGAACAGACAACACAACCAACAGCAGCACCGUCCGGGAGGCCGCUCAACCGAGAGAUCCUUGCCCGGCUUCACCCAUUCCGGCUCAAGCGACGAUCCAGGAGUCAGGCGAAUCCACUGAGACCGUGACCGCGCAAACUGAGCGUCAGGCACUCUUAUCUCCCAUUACAGGGCAGGCAACUGCGUUGACAGAAGCGCCCGAGGCAGCCCAGGGACCUCACGAAGUCAUUUCGACACAAACGCCGGAAAUUCCAGCCGGCGGAGAGGAGUGGACAACGCCAGCGACACAGCAAGAGCCCGCACAACAACAGCCAGAUCUGCCAAUCGACCCACAACUCAGGCAAACAGAAGAGGAUUUUGCCCUAGUUCAAGCAUCCCAGGGCAAUGCAGCUCGACGAUCCACGCAGCGGAUGGACGCCCCGAACGAGGCGUUUGAAAUGCAGGACACCGGUGCCUGGCUCGACAACAUGUUCAACGACAACGAGGACGUGUGGAUACCGGACACGGGACAUGCUGAAUUGUCACCACUUACUUCGCUAGCGACUGACCCAUACAUAGCGGCAGGGAGGACGUUCAAGGGGUGCAAGUGCCCGACACACCAGCACCUGUACGACGACUGGCCCACACGCGAUGUGAAACUAACCAUCGCCAAAUGCAUGACAAUAUGUGUAUACUGUGGGGUCGACUACCAGAGAGCGACGACACUACGGCUGCAUCUUAAGUGUGCCAAGCACGCUCAAGACAACAUCAGCAUCGUGCGAGGGACCCAGGGAAGAGGGAGCUCCGCCACUCCAUCGUGGGCGCUUAAACCUCGUGUGGUUGCAGCCAACCAUGCCCGAGCCACUCAAAGAGAACCUGCCACAAACGGUGCCAAUGCAGCUCCCUAUCGAUGACAAGACAUCAGUCACUACGCAUCUUACAGUACAAUGUCCAGAAGUCGAAAGAUGUCGUCCUUGCGAGUCUGUUCCAGGACCGCUGGAUUUCCGAAUAUGACAUUAUCGCGAUUCAAGAGCCCUGGC